AUGGAUCCGGAACUACUGAGACAGAAAGCAGCUUUUCAAAAGCACGCUUCUCGAACUGUCAGUGUACAGCAAAGGCCGCAGGUUCUUAUUUUCAAUUUGAAAUAAUUGGAAAAGAAUUUAAUUUAUUUUAGCCAUCAGCUUCGCUUGCCUCACACACAACCUACAAUUCAGACGCAGCGAAAAAGAAGAAAAAGUCAAAUGCGGCUCAUCAGAACAUCUCUAAAGGUUUUGCUGCCUCGAAUUAUAAUUCUUACUAACAAAACUAUAAAUUUCAGACCCCGAAUUCGAUUUUGGGAGUUCCUCCUCUUCAGCGGCUUACUCAAACGCGACGAAUUUCAGUACGAUGGCGAAAAUUGUGGAUUAUAUGAAAGUUGAUUGAUUUUGAAGGCUCAAAAAAAGGUUAUUAGUUUAGAAGCGUCAUUUGGGCCAGCAACAGUGGCCUUUAACCCUACAAGAAGUUUUAGAUGAGCUGCAGCUCUACGACUUGCCGAAGCGGUCGGAAGCUUGGUUGAAAGAGGUUUGAAUGACGGAAAAACGUGAUAAGAAAUUAUGUUUUGUGUCUAAUAUAUCUUGUUAUUCUAAUUGCUUGCAAAAUUAACGUUAAAACCUUUACUUGUUAUUGUUUUUUCUCGUCAAAGUCUUUUUUCUUGUUGCGUUUUUAACAAAUUUUUUAUGCUCAAUUUUUAACUUGCUUCAUCUAGCCAUUUAGUCUGAGUUGAUUUUUUUAAAACUAAUUCGUUAAUUUCCUUGAAAAACCCCAUCAGUUUGAGUUCAGUAAUUGAAAAGUAGAAACGGAAAGUUUUUAUUUUUGAACAGCGAAUUUCUAUUUCACGUUGUUGAAAUCUCUCCAUUAGUAAAAUGUCCUAAUUAUGAUUUUCAGAGUUUUUUUAGUGAAGAAAAAAAAAAAUUAUAGGCGCUACCGAACAAUCCCCGUUUGAUUUGCGAUCCAGACGGAAAGUUCUCGUUCCGUCCGCCGUUCAAAAUCAAGGGCAAAACGUCUUUGGUUGGUUUUUUUACAUAGUUUUGAGCCCGCUGUUGAACUUUUUGAUGAAACUUUUUCGGAACUGUACUUUCGAGCCUUCUGAUUUAAAAAAGGAAAAAAAAAUAUAUCUCUUCAUAUAUCUUAUUUUCAAUUUAUGAAUCUUCAAACCUCUUGCCGUGAUCGAAAUUAUCUCUGACCCUCCAAAACGUAGUUAUCUUUUUUCUUUCCCUGACGUCUAUUUUGAAUUUCUUGGAAUCUCAAUCAACGCUUUUUCUCCUAUUUUAUGCGCAGUUUGCGAAUUUUCAAGGGAUCAUUACUCGAAAAAAUCUAUCGCGAAAAUUUUUUUUCUUGUUCUGGAAUAAGGAGGUUCUGAAGUGCGUUCCAGCCCGAUUUCAGCAAAAAUUCAACUGCUAACAAAAAAUGCGGGUGUACCCCGUAGUGAACCCCGAAAAAUUGAAAUUUUCGUUGAUUUUUUUCGGUGCACCCCUGGGGCAACCGGUCGGAAAUAGAAUUUUUAAGCUACUGUAACAGCUUAGGAGGAAACUGUAGAAAAUGGUGAUAUCGGGAAACAAACCACUUUGAAAUCGUGUACGGAAUAAGUAAUAGGCGUUUGAAGCUAAACGGUUCAGCCCCUGGUUCAACUGCGGGGUGCACCGAAACUUUUAUUGAAGUGUGGGUUUCUUCUGAAGUUCCAACAAAAAUGAGUGGAUUUUUAGAUGGCCGUCGCCAGGAAGCACCAUCAAGACGGAAAAGGCGGCAUUUUGCUGUCGGAUCUGAACGAGUGUGUUUCGAAUGGCGAUGCUAUGUUGCAGGUUUUUCGAAGGACCUGAAUUUUAUUUCAAAAAUAUCGCUCCAGUCACUCGGAGACCAAGUCAUUGUGGUUCCGACGCAGGUGAACAAGCGGAAAGACAAAGUUUUCUUCUACAAUGAUCCCGAGUUCAGCUUCACCUUGGAGGAUGGUUCGUUCCCUCGCAAAAAAAAAAUGAUUGCUUUUUAUAGAUUUCAAAGCGCUGUGGAGAAACGUGUCGGUUGAUCACUUGGAUGAGAAGAAAAUCGAAGAAUAUUUACACAAAAAGGGAUUGGACGCAAUGAAGGUUUGUACUUUAAUUACAAAUUCGAUGGACUUUAAAAUUGAAAAAGUCCCUGGGUAGACUAGCGGUGUGGAAAAAUAUUCGUUUUUUUUUAAAUUUUGGAUAGUUGAGAAAUCAAUCUUCAUAAUCUUUUCCAUGGACUGUAAAUUUAGGGCUCUCUUAGGAAUUCCAGAGUGGUCCCUAAAGAGGUUAGGGGGAAAACAGCCCCUAUAGGGGAAGAAAAAGUGGUCCCUCUAGGGGUUCAGGGUCUGAUCUGUUAGACCCCAAAGCUCAAGUGGUCCCUGGAGGGUCUUUAUAUUUGAUUCAAACAUUUUUUUUUAAAUUUAGUUUUUUGGACGAAAAUGCUUCUUCGCAUAGAGUUCAUAAAAAUUAUCGACUGUUUCCCCUAUAGGGAUCACCAGUUGAAACCACUGCAGGGACCACUUUUGCAAGCUUUAUUGGUUCCUAGAGGGGUUGGUAAAGUGGUCCCUACAAAAGACCCUCCAAGGGCCCCUUUAGGGACCACUCUGAAGUUCCCAAGCUUGUUACUGAAAUAUCUAUAUAGUCUGUUCAGUUUUUGAAUGUCAAGCAGCUAACUCCACCCCCAAGGCUACAGUAUCUUUCGCGUCAAUGUUUUAUCUACAUCUGCCAAUGGCCCUUUAAUAAGGCUGCUUUUUUGACCUCUUUUUCCAUCUUUUAGAUUGAAAAAGAUCAAAAUUAGUCCCGCGCGAUGAAACAUCGACGCGAAAAGGUACCGUCUCAGCAGGGGCGGAGUUAGCUGGUUGACAUUCAAAAUCUGAACAGACUAUAGGUCGUUCUGCUUCUUGGUUUUUUUUUAAAUCUCCUAGAACUUUGAAAAUUUCGAGUCUAUGUUAAUAAUUUUCUACCUUAUUCCGACUUUUGUGAAAAUUAAAUAAUUUUCAAAGAUCUUUAUUUGAGCUUUUCAAAAGAGCAAACAUGUUUCAUGACCCACACUAACGUUAAAAGUGGCUCGGGACUUUUUAAACGUUCUUUUAAAUACUCCAGAAAAUUUUUCAAGCAGAUUACAGGCUGCGAAAGUUGAACUGAAACUAAAAAAUUCCAGGAUUUGACGCCAAAACUGCGCGGCCCGAUGCAUCUGAAGCGAAAAGCGCCCAAGCGGCGGACCAACGUCAAAAUUCACAACGAACAUCUCGACGGCGUUUUGGAGGACUACGAAUAA